AUGAGUGACCAAAAACGAGCGCGAGAGCUUAUCUCGGGCCUCUUUCUUGCCGCCGGAACAAUAUCGGCCUAUUUCUUGAUUAGAGAAUACCUCGGCCCGUAUUUUGCGAAACUCAUCGAUCCCGAUCGAGAGAAGCACGAGCAAGCCAGGCUAAAAGCCGAGGCAAACCUUCAGAGGGCGCUGCGGAGACAAUAUGUUAAAGAAAGUGAAGGCGGAGACGACGACGGCACAGAUGGGCCACGACGGAGGAGGCUCGAGGAUAUUGCUCUCAACGAGUACGAGAGCCAGGUGGCCCUUGAGGUCGUUGCGCCCGAGGAUAUCCCAGUUGGCUUCGACGACAUUGGCGGCCUGGAGGAAAUCAUCGAGGAGCUUAAGGAGUCCAUUAUCUUUCCAUUAACGAUGCCGCAUCUAUACAGACACGGAGGCGCGCUGCUGGCGGCACCCUCCGGCGUCUUGCUUUACGGGCCGCCGGGCUGCGGCAAGACGAUGCUGGCCAAAGCGGUAGCGCACGAAAGCGGCGCCUCUUUCAUCAACCUACACAUCUCGACUUUGACGGAGAAGUGGUACGGUGACUCUAACAAGCUGGUGCGCGCAGUCUUCUCUCUGGCGAAGAAGCUGCAGCCUGCGAUCAUCUUCAUCGACGAGAUAGAUGCCGUCUUGGGCACACGGAGGAGCGGGGAGCACGAAGCCAGCGGCAUGGUGAAAGCUGAGUUCAUGACCCUGUGGGAUGGCCUGACGUCUACAAACGCCGCUGGCGACCCGGCGAGGAUAGUUGUUUUGGGAGCGACGAACAGAAUCAACGACAUCGACGAAGCGAUCCUUAGGAGGAUGCCGAAAAAGUUCCCCGUUCCCCUGCCCGGGAUAGAGCAACGACGGCGCAUCCUGCAAUUGGUCCUGGGAAACACAAAGCGCGACCCUGAACAUUUCGACGUCGACUAUAUUGCCAAGGUAACCGCAGGUAUGUCUGGCAGCGACAUCAAGGAAGCAUGCCGAGAUGCAGCCAUGGCGCCUAUGAGAGAGUACAUCCGCCAACACCGGGCAUCGGGGGCGGCCAUGUCCCAAGUCAAUCCCGAGCACGUCCGGGGUAUCAGGACCGAGGACUUCUUCGGCCGCCGGGGCGGGCGUGUCCUUGUCGAGACGCCCUCUCGGCAAACAAGUACUGCCAAUGCGCAGUCUAAAGCCUCGAGCGACGGGUAUGAGGACGUGGAAGAGGAGGAAGACGAGCAGAUCACAGUGUCGGCGUAG